AUGUCCCCCCAGCAAAAGAUCGCGGCGGCCAAGGCCAGCUUUCGCAACCUCGACAGCCCAUUUCCACCACCUGUGGCGAUGAGAACCGAUCGUGGAAAGAAAGUACUCGAGCGCGCCGCUUAUGCGCUAGACUUUUACGGCCUCCUUCACUCGCACGCCGUGACCCAGGACGACGCGUUUCUUCUUGAUGCCAUUGCCGAACUUUCCUUGGAGCAUCUGGACCAGAUUAUGUCGUGGUACAGAUACACGAUGCUUAUCGAAGGCAUUAACAAUGUCUUCAACGGACUUCAGGUGAUCUAUCACCUCAUUACCAGCGGCAACAAGAAACUUCGAUUGGCGAUGCUCACAUCCCCAAGCGUCGCAGAAGCCGUCAUUGCCGUCGGUAUUUCCACAGUUGGUUUUUACCAGCCUCAAGAUCUGUCGUCACAGUUUCUGGAGGUUGUCCAGGCUUGCGUCUGGCACAAGUCCUCUAGGGCGUUGCUCUUCGACGGUCUGAUGGCUCUCGCUCCCACUCUCCGACAAAAGUUCAUUCACAGGACUGUCAAACUCAUUGGCUUCGUCGGCACAUCUAUCCAACGAGCUUCACCAGGAGAAUACGUUAUUCAGACUCAUAUCGAGUAUCUAGUCGGCCUCAGGGAUAUCUUCGAGCAACUAGCGGAUGACUGGCGUCUCCUUCUCUGCCUACGAGAAGAGCGCUACCUUCUCAAACUCACCGCCUUCAUCCUCCACCAGUAUCCGAAGGUCCGAAGACUCUCCCCCCAACCAGACAAAGAUUUUCCGCUCCAACUUACCACGAACCUGAUCUGGAUGACAUUCCGAUCCGCGACCCAGCAACGAAUCCAUGCCCCCGCGGCCGUUCACCAACUCGUCGCAGGGGGUCUUCUUACGGAAGCAAUCAGGUGUUUGCACAGGGUGACGAACCCGUGCAGUUUGGGUGCCCUCACCACCAUGCUUCACACAACCUCCGCCUACAUGGCUUGGUCCAAACGUGUCGCCAAUGCGGUGAAUGCCGUCAUGAAAUCGCUCGAUCCUGGUAUAGUCAAGUCCCUGGAGGAUCGCAGUCACCCUGACAAUGAGAGUUGGCUGCAAUUCUCGAACCUCGUGGGACUGUGCAGCGACAGUGAUAAGACGCCUCACAGUGUCGUAGUCAACUGUCAGAAUUUGAUGCAUAUAGACUCCGGGCCCCAGCGUGGCGGUUCGGAGUCCGUCGAGAAUGUGAAGACGUGCUCGGGCUGUCGGUCGCUUGUAUAUUGCUCGGAGAGGUGUCAGGAAGAAGAUUGGGCGAACCUGCACCGGUUCGAGUGGGAAUCGCUUCAAGAUUCACGCAGGGGCCUCGUGAAGGAAAAGAUAUGGCCACCUUGGUACACCCGUAUCCGCGCCAUGCAGCUGAUCUCGGGUGUCAUCUGGUCAUUCCGAAAAUCACGCCAGACGAGGCUAUUCCAAGAGGUCGCUCUUGUCGAUAUGUCUCCUUCCUCAACGGUGCAGGAUCUCGUGCAUAUCAUCGGCAUCUUCUCAUGGGGAGGUCAAGCGGUGCAAAGCGUCGACGCAUAUCGUGAGCAGGUCUCGAAAUUCGACCUCUGGUCGCCCACCCGUUUCGAAAAAAUCUUGGACGAAGUAAAAGCUCGCAAACUCCUCUUGUACGACUUCCCCUUCGCGUUUGGGUGCUCGAAGAUCCAUGUGCUGUGCGCAUACAAGUAUGAUGAAGCUCGGAAGAGUAUGAAGACCUCGCAAGUCUUCCACUUAAUGUCGUUUUUCGAGUGA